AUGGAGGAGCAUCUGAUGAAAGAAGGGAGGUCUCUGGCAGAGACACCGACUUACUCUGUUGCUUCGGUUGUUACUGUUUUGGUCUUUGUUUGCUUUCUCGUAGAACGAGCCAUCUACAGAUUUGGAAAAUGGUUAAAGAAGACUAGAAGAAAAGCACUUUUUGCUUCUCUGGAAAAGAUGAAAGAAGAGUUGAUGUUGCUGGGACUUAUAUCGCUGCUGUUGUCACAAAGCGCGAGAUGGAUUUCAGAAAUAUGUGUAAACUCUUCCCUUUUCAACAGUAAAUUCUACAUUUGCUCUGAAGAGGAUUAUGGAAUCCAUAAGAAACUUCUGGAACACACUUCUUCUUCAAACAAAACUUCCUUAGCUCAUCACGGAAUACAUGGAGCCUCACAUCGAUGUGGUCAUGGCCGCGAACCAUUUGUGUCGUAUGAGGGUCUCGAGCAACUCCUGAGAUUCUUAUUUGUCCUGGGUAUCACUCACGUUUUAUACAGUGGCAUUGCCAUUGGUUUAGCCAUGAGCAAGAUUUACAGUUGGAGAAAAUGGGAAGCCCAAGCAAUCGUAAUGGCUGAAGCAGAUAUCCAUGCAAAGAAGAAAAAGGUGAUGAUGCGGCAAUCUACAUUUGUCUUCCAUCAUGCCUCUCAUCCUUGGAGUAACAAUCGUUUUCUAAUCUGGAUGCUUUGUUUCCUGCGGCAGUUUAGAGGCUCCAUUCGGAAGUCUGACUACUUCGCACUUCGGUUAGGUUUCCUCACUAAACAUAACUUGCCAUUCACAUACAACUUCCAUAUGUAUAUGGUACGGAGCAUGGAAGAUGAGUUUCAUGGCAUUGUUGGAAUCAGCUGGCCGCUUUGGAUUUACGCUAUUGUAUGCAUCUGCAUAAAUGUUCAUGGCCUGAAUAUGUACUUUUGGUUAUCAUUCAUUCCUGCCAUUGUAAGUAAACAAAGCAAGUAA